GUGGGGGAAAGAUUGCACGAAGCCCACCGCGAGGGCUGGGACCCAGGAGAGAAGGGCUCAGCGAUGGCCAGAGUAUCGAAAGAUCUGGGACCGUGUGCAUGGGCCUUUUUUGCAAGCUUUAUCCCCCUUCUGCCACCCUUAUCAGGUCGCUCCCAGCUUCUCCCCACCCUUGGAGGGCCGUUGGUACAUUCCCGCCGACUCCGAGCGCUUAAAAAGGGCCCAGGGAGGCUGAACCUAGCAGGUUUGGUCCCAAUUUGCAUGCUUGGCGGGUACCGAGGUCCGUCACGGCAAAGCUGCCAGGGUACCUCUUGAUAUCUUGGCAAGGGUUUCUUUACGCUGUGGCACUCGAGCAUUUGGGGGUUUUGUGUCUGUGUGCAACUGUAUAGCUAGCAGCUAGGGACCCUCGCCUCCCAGCUCCUGGUUCUCUCAGCUCGUUCGUCGCAGCCCAGCAGCUAGACGCGCGUCAGCUGCUCAAGGGAUGGAGCAAACCGAGGUGCUCAAGCCACGCACCCUCGCGGAUCUGAUCCGCAUACUGCACCAGCUCUUCGCCAGCGAAGAGGUCAACGUGGAGGAGGUGCAGGCAGUCAUGGAAGCCUAUGAGAGCGACCCCGCGGAGUGGGCCAUGUACGCCAAGUUCGACCAGUACAGGUACACCCGAAAUCUUGUGGAUCAAGGAAAUGGAAAAUUUAAUCUAAUGAUUCUAUGUUGGGGUGAAGGACAUGGCAGCAGUAUCCAUGAUCACACCGACUCCCACUGCUUUCUGAAGAUGCUGCAAGGAAAUCUAAAGGAGACAUUAUUUGCCUGGCCUGACAAAAAAUCCAACGAGAUGAUCAAGAAGUCUGAAAGAAUCUUGAGGGAAAACCAGUGUGCCUACAUCAACGAUUCCAUUGGCUUACAUCGAGUAGAGAAUAUGAGUCACACAGAACCUGCCGUGAGCCUUCACUUGUACAGUCCACCCUUCGAUACGUGCCAUGCCUUUGAUCAAAGAACAGGACAUAAAAACAAAGUCACCAUGACAUUCCAUAGCAAAUUUGGAAUCAGGACUCCACUUGCAACUUCAGGGUCCCUGGAGAACAACUAAGGAGCACCAAACCCUCUGAUGUUUUACUUCAAGGUCUGGUGAAAGUUUUGCCAUGGACAGGAAGGCUUCCCACCAUUUUCUUUCCAGUAAUACACUUUACAAAGCCAAUAUUUAGAUCUACUAUAAGGCAGAUGCUAAUUAUAAGGCAUUAAGUAAGCAAAUAGUGCCCUGAGCUACUAUAGAAGAAAAAAACUCCCACUAAGGAUAAAAAGGCUUGUGAUUUUAAAGGCCAGCUCAAGGGCUCUACUGGUUUCACCCUCUAAAUCCAUUGGUACCAUCUGGAGAGUAUCAACAAAGGUUUUUAUAGUUUUUGGAAAUCCUUUGGUCUCUGAACUGUAAUUAGGAAUAAAUAAAAACAAGACAUCAAACCACCCACCUUGUUACUUAGAGAAUUAAAUGUGGGUGUCUUCAAUAUACUUUGUACGUUCUUAAUGUUGGAAGAGAAUUUUUUGAAUCCAUGCAUUUUAUUUUUUCAAUCUUAUUUUACAAAUUCCUGUUCUAUAAAUAAUAGGGUAUUGUAGAUAGAGAAAGUUAAGGUACUUGGCCAUUUGGUAAUGAAAUGAAGGGCAGGAGCUUUGGAAAAGUACAUGUAUCCAAAUCCACAACAAACCAAAAAUAUAAAUUCAUUCUAAUGUGUCCAGUGGUCAAAGACUUUGUACUGCUGCCAAAAUUGCCAAAUCAUUUUAAUAAAACUGGAUUUGAACAUAA